UCUUCUCUGUAUGCCAGGCCUUAGAGAUCUGCAUCAUUCGAUUCGAAAACUGAAAUGCGGUGGGAGUGAUUGGAUCGGGCAGUGACGGGGCCCAGUGGCUGCACUCACCCACGGCAGGCAAGGUGGACGGAAUUGGUAAUUACCGUCACGGACAGCUGAGGCAAGGCAGCAAUCAGGAGUCUGGCUCCCGUAGACCUGUGGCGCUGACGCCACGGAAUGCUCCACAACGUGCGGAGGUCUCCUAGCAACCUUCCUUAGGAAUUCUGCCUGGCCCCGGUUAGAAGAGUGAGCUGAGGCCCGGAGAUUGAUGAGUUUGCCCUGGGAGCCAGCGGGAAGGUGAAACCAGGCGAACAUGGGUCAGAAGGUCACCGGAGGGAUCAAGACGGUGGACAUGCGGGACCCCACAUACCGGCCCCUGAAGCAGGAGCUCCAGGGCCUGGAUUACUGCAAGCCCACCCGGCUGGACCUGCUGCUGGACAUGCCCCCCGUGUCCUACGACGUCCAGCUGCUCCACUCCUGGAACAACAACGACCGCUCACUCAACGUCUUCGUGAAGGAGGACGACAAACUGAUCUUCCACCGGCAUCCGGUGGCCCAGAGCACAGACGCCAUCAGGGGCAAAGUCGGGUACACGCGCGGGCUGCACGUGUGGCAGAUCACGUGGGCCAUGAGACAGCGGGGCACACACGCCGUCGUGGGGGUGGCCACAGCGGACGCCCCCCUGCACUCCGUGGGGUACACGACCCUCGUAGGGAAUAACCACGAGUCCUGGGGCUGGGACUUGGGGCGGAACCGGCUCUACCACGACGGCAAGAACCAGCCGAGCAAAACGUACCCGGCCUUUCUGGAGCCGGACGAGACGUUCAUUGUCCCUGACUCCUUCCUUGUGGCCUUGGACAUGGAUGACGGGACCCUGAGCUUCAUUGUGGAUGGACAGUACAUGGGAGUGGCUUUUCGGGGACUCAAGGGCAAAAAACUGUAUCCUGUAGUGAGCGCCGUCUGGGGCCACUGUGAGAUCCGUAUGCGCUACUUGAACGGACUCGAUCCCGAGCCCCUGCCGCUCAUGGAUCUCUGCCGUCGCUCGGUGCGCCUGGCCCUGGGGAAGGAGCGCCUGGGUGCCAUCCCUGCGCUGCCGCUGCCUGCCGCCCUCAAGGCCUACCUCCUCUACCAGUGACACUCUGCCCCA